UACGGGAGGUGUAGGCUACUCCAUGGUAAAAUGAUAUUGGGUUCUUAUAGUAGCUCUUACAGCUGUUUGCAGUAGUAUCAUUUUAUUCUGAGGUUUACGGAAGCUUAGUUUAGAGUUGAACAACUUUUAAAACUAUACUUUCAUCAUUGCAAUGUUUUGAUGUCUACAAUAAAAGAUUAAAAGCUAAAUUAAUGUACUUUAUUAAAUAUACAUAUCUGAUACAUGGAGAAGAGUCACUUAGUUCAAAAACAAAAAGCCCUGCAUACUGAAUAGUGUUAAAGUAUAUAUUUAUUUGUAAUGGUUGUGAUGGCCCCAGUACCUUGCCUGCUGUCCUGGCAGGUCCUUGUUGGUGGAGCUGAGGGCUGAAUAGAGAAUGGGAAACACCAAGCCAGGGCUACAAACAGCAUUGUGGGACACUGACACCUGCAGGAGUAUCAUCUGAUCUGACAUGGGACGGUUGUGAGGAGGAGGCUGCAGCCCCCCACGGAAGGGUGAAGGAGUGACAGGAAACCAGAGCGAGGGGCUUAUCUCAGCAGAGGACAGAAGCAGCUGCAGCAUCCAGCAGUAGGACAUCAGCAGGAAGCUGUUGCGGUGUUAUAAACACGACUUGGUAGGCUGACCACCAAAGCCUAUUGUUGUUAUCAAACAAACCUUUUAAACGCAGUCUAUCUGCACGAUUCGCACUGUGACAUCGCAAGUGGACGGUGCAUUUAACGUGCAUAUACCAUGGACGUUCAGAUAUGUUCUGCAAAAACCAAGGCUAAUUAAUAUCGUCCCGUUGAGUAUAGUUGACCGCUUCUGUUCCGGGGGAAGUGCAUACGACCCACAGGUCAUACAUGUCGAACAUGGAUGGAGACGAGGUGCAGGAUGACCGCGGGUCGCGGGAGGAGUGGACGCUGCUCUUCUGGACGUCCCUCGCGGUCAUCAUACCCGUGGUGAUCACGUUGUGGUGCAGCACCCAGCGCUCCAAGCGGAAAAUACACACCAAAGAGUUCUUCCGCAAGAGCAAGCACGGCUGGCACUACACGGAUCUCUUCCACAAGCCUACCUACUGCUGCGUCUGCUCCCAGCACAUCCUGAACGGAGCCUUCUGCGACUGCUGCGGGGUGUGCGCCGACGAGCAGUGUCUGCGCCGGGCGGACCGAAGUCUGGUGUGCAAGGAGAUCAUGGCCCCCCCUCGGUCGAACGGAACGUCGGAGCAUCACUGGGUCCGAGGCAACGUCCCCCUGGCCAGCUACUGCUUGGUGUGCGAGCUGCAAUGCGGGACCCAGCCUAAGCUGUAUAUCGUGCAUAAAGCUGUGUCUCACCCUCUCUACCUGUCUGUCUGUCUGUCUGUGUGUGUCUCCCGGUCUUUCUGUCUAUUUGUCUCUCUGUUUCUGCCUCUCUUUCUCUGUCUGUCUCUCUCUCCCUCCCUGUCCCUCCCUCCUUCCUUCCUUCCCUCCCACUGCCUCCCUCCCUCCCUCCCUCCUCCCCUCUCUCUCUCCCCCUCCCAUCGCUCCCUCUCUCUCUCCCUGUCCCUCCCUCUCUCCCUCCCUCCCUCCCUCUCUCCCUCACUCCCUCCCUCCGUCCAGGUGUUUGACCUGUCCAAGCUGGCCCCCUCCAAGGCCCUCCAGCUCUGCACCCUGCUGCCUCCCGGCAGUGUGCGGGUGCUGGUCUGCGGGGGGGACGGCACCGUGGGCUGGGUGCUGGACGCCAUCGACGCCAUGAAGCUCAAGGGCCAGGACCCCUUCAUCCCUCAGGUCACCAUCUUGCCCCUGGGCACCGGGAACGACCUGUCCAACACCUUGGGCUGGGGGUCGGGCUACGCAGGAGAGAUCGCCGUGGAGCAGGUGCUGCGCAACAUCCUGGACGCCGAGGUGGUCAAGAUGGACAGGUGGAAGGUUCAGGUGGCCUCCAAAGGCCUCUACUUCCGGAAACCAAAGGUGUUGUCCAUGAAUAACUACUUCUCAGUGGGCCCGGACGCUCUGAUGGCCCUCAACUUCCACACACACCGGGAGAAGACUCCCUCCUUCUUCUCCAGCCGCAUCCUCAACAAGGUUGUGUAUUUCCUCUAUGGAACCAAAGAUUGUUUAGUUCAGGAAUGUAAGGACCUGGAUAAGCGGAUUGAGCUGGAGCUGGACGGAGAAAGGGUCCGGCUGCCCAGCCUGGAGGGCAUCAUCGUCUGUAACAUCGGCUACUGGGGCGGGGGCUGCAGGCUCUGGGAAGGCAUGGGGGACGAGCCCUGCCCCCCCACACGGCUGGACGAUGGCCUUCUGGAGGUGGUAGGAGUGUUUGGCUCCUUUCACUGUGCCCAGAUCCAGGUCAAAAUGGCCAAUCCGGUGCGGUUGGGCCAGGCACACACUGUGCGGCUGGUGCUGAAGAGCUCCAGGAUGCCCAUGCAGGUGGACGGGGAGCCGUGGGCCCAGGGCCCCUGCACCAUCACCAUCACCCACAAGACCCAGGUCCACAUGCUGUACCACGGCGGGGAGCAGACGGACGACGACGACGACGACGACGACGCCGACACCAGCGCCUCGGAGACCGAGAGCCCCGGCCCCCACGACUCCCCCAGGCCCCGGGGGGCGCGGCUCUGACCGCCCGGGACCCCCUCCUCCCCACGACUCCCCCA